ACAACAUCCGCGGUGUUAUCCGGCAUCCUACUAGUGCUCCUGCCAGUCUUGUGUAGUAAACACUAUUUGAUUCAUUUCCGACGUUUUGAUGGGCUAUUAGAGGUGUCCGAUUCGAGUGCAUUGUUGCUAUUGACCGGAAACUCAUCCAAAGUUCGCUUGCUAGAUGUGCCAACAUGGAGUGCAGUGGUGUUGGGCCUCGGAGAGGGGAAGGGCGGCUGAAGCUUCCGUUGUUGAGAGCCGGGAAUUGGGUCCGAUGGCUG